AACAAUUUCAUAUCUUUGCUUAUAUAAGAGGCUUAGGCCGGCACCGCACAUCAACAUUGAAAGUGCAUUCAAAACUCCAAUCACAAACAAACUAUGUCUUCUUCUUUUCUCUUCCCUCAAACUCAAUCCACAGUCCUCCCAGACCCUUCAACCUACUUCUCACCAAACCUUCUUUCUUCUCCACUCCCCACAAACUCUUUCUUCCAAAACUUUGUUAUUCCAAAUGGGACACAGCCUGAGUACAUUCACCCCUACCUUAUCAAAACCUCAAACUCCUCACUCUCAGCCUCAUACCCUCUUCUCUUUUUCACCACAGCAGUGUUAUACCAAGCUUUUGUGCCAGAUAUCACUAUCUCUUCCCCUCAAACACACUCACGUCAACAAAACCGUGUAAUCUCAUCAUACAGUGACCUUGGUGUCACUUUGGACAUUCCCUCUUCAAACCUAAGGUUCUUUCUCUCAAGAGGAAGCCCUUUUAUAACUGCUUCUGUGACAAAGCCAACAUCUCUCUCCAUCACAACAGUGCACACCAUUGUCUCUUUGUCUGCCAAUGAUGACAAAAACACUAAGUACACCCUUAAGCUUAACAACACUCAGGCAUGGCUCAUAUACACCUCCUCCCCAAUCUAUUUGAACCAUGAUGCUGCUUCCAACGUUACAUCCAAGCCAUUUUCUGGCAUAAUUCGUGUAGCAGUGUUGCCUGAUUCCAACUCCAAGUGUGUAAAAAUUCUCGACAAGUUCAGCUCUUGUUAUCCUUUGUCGGGUAAUGCAACACUCGAGAAGCCUUUCCGUGUGGUGUAUGAAUGGCUAAAGGAAGGUUCUGGGAACUUGCUAAUGCUAGCUCACCCUCUUCAUGUCAAGAUUUUAUCAUCUACUAAUAAUGGUCAAGUUAAUGUGCUUCGUCAUUUUAAGUAUAGAAGCAUUGAUGGUGAUCUUGUUGGUGUUGUUGGAGACUCAUGGGUGAUGGAAACCAAUCCUAUUCCUGUGACAUGGUAUUCUAACAAAGGUGUGGAGAAAGAGUCAUAUGAUGAAAUUGUCUCAGCGCUUGUUACGGAUGUGCAAGGGCUGAAUUCUUCAGCAAUAGAAACAAUAAUUUCAUCUUAUUUUUAUGGGAAGCGUGUUGGAAGGGCUGCAAGGUUUGCGUUGAUAGCAGAAGAAGUGUCUUUUCCCAAGGUGAUUCCUUCAGUUAAGAAGUUUCUGAAAGAGACUAUUGAGCCUUGGUUGGAUGGAACUUUCCCAGGGAAUGGUUUUCAAUAUGAAAAUAAAUGGGGUGGACUUGUAACCAAACUAGGGUCAACGGAUUCAACCGCUGAUUUUGGUUUUGGAAUUUACAAUGAUCACCAUUACCAUUUGGGGAACUUCCUUUAUGGAAUUGCGGUUCUUGCAAAGAUUGACCCUCAAUGGGGACAAAAGUACAAGCCACAAGUUUAUUCACUUGUGACAGAUUUCAUGAACUUGGGGCCAAGUUAUAACAGAUUUUAUCCACGUCUAAGGAAUUUUGACCUUUACAAAUUGCACUCUUGGGCUGCAGGGUUGACUGAAUUUGAACAUGGAAGGAAUCAGGAAAGCACAAGUGAGGCUGUGACUGCUUACUAUUCUGCAGCGUUGGUGGGUCUUGCAUAUGGUGACUCAAGUCUUGUUGCCACUGGGUCAACGUUAAUGGCGUUGGAAAUUCUUGCUGCACAAACUUGGUGGCACGUGAAAGAGAAAGACAACUUGUACGAAGAAGAAUUUGCAAAAGAGAAUAGGGUAGUGGGGAUUUUGUGGGCUAACAAGAGGGAUAGUAAGUUAUGGUGGGCCAGGGCUGAGUGUAGAGAGUGUAGGCUUGGAAUCCAAGUGCUACCAUUGUUGCCUAUUACUGAGACAUUGUUCUCUGAUGCUGAUUAUGCCAAGGAGCUUGUGGAAUGGACACUGCCUUCUGCACGUAGAGAAGGGUGGAAGGGAAUGACAUAUGCCUUGCAAGGAAUUUAUGAUAGGAAAACAGCAUUGCAGAAUAUAAGAAUGUUAAAAGGUUUUGAUGAUGGGAAUUCAUUCACUAAUCUCUUGUGGUGGAUUCAUAGCAGAUGAUCGGACUGAUGGAUGCACAUAAGUUUUGUGCCAAGUCCAGGAAAUAUCAUGUUUCAUUGUUAUAGUUUAUGUAACUUUGUAUCUUAUCAUGAUGGUUUAAAUUUGUUUUUGGGAUUUUUCAAGAAUUUAAUAGA